AUGAGUCUUCGAACGCCGUACCCGGCAAGUACGAGUGCGGGGAGUCCCGUUCCGUCGACGCCCUACGCCAGUUCUGCAGUCACGCCUGGAUCGGGGAUUCUUGUCAAUGGAGUCAAACGACCACGUACCGCCGUCGACGAGAAGUUCGUGAGUCAGGCGGGGUCGCUAUCAGCUCAAUUCACGCUUCUACUGGGAGAAGAUAAGGUCGAUAAAGACGCACUGCGGCGCGAACGGACAAGGUUAUUGAAUGUAUUGGAGGAGCGGAAGAGUGAGGUCGACUAUGUCGCAAGACGGUUACGGCUUGAACGAGAUUUGGGACGGGGAGUUGGACAAGUAACGGAGGACAAUGUGCAGCUACUGGCUAAGUCCUUUGGAUAUGAUACAUACCUCGACCCAACAUCGGAUAAACGCACCCUUUCCUUUGGUGGAGCGACGAUGAUUAUCGAUAUCGAUUUCAUCCCACCGCAUAACAUGAUCACGAGAGCUGAGUUGACGAUGGUCACGCCUAACCCACUCUUUCCCGCCCCGAAUCCCGCUGGAGACAAGAUUCUGUUGGAUGCGCUGAAGGAGAAGGAAUUGGGCAGUUUUGCGAGGAAUUUGGGGGUGUUGGCGAGGCUGGAUAAGGUUUGUACGGAGGGUGGGUGUGAUGCGUUUGACAUCGUCUCUAAACUGCACGAAGGCCUGAAGGAGAAGACUGGUCGCGAAUCACGAGAAGGAACGGUGGGCAAAGUGAGAGCGAACGGGAACGGGUUACUGGGUCUGGGCAUCACCUACUGGAGCGAGAAGUUUCGUGGAAGGUACUGGGCCCUCUCCAUUGGCGUAACAGCAAGAUCGAAACCGGAACCUGAGGUGCAGGAGGACACAAUGCAAACUGAUAUAGCUGCUGAGACAAGCGGUCUGCCGACUGGAAUGGUCUACGAAGCGCGCCUGUUCCCGCCUAUACCACUGUCCCUCCCACAACUCCGUGUACUCGAUGAAUCCGGACACAGCACAUCGACUACACCGUUCUCCACGUCCUCUUCCCCUUCCAGCAGACGAAGACGACUUACCCUACCAGGUGGCGCGGAGGGAGUUUGGCACGAAUACAAUGUGAUGAGGGAAGAGCGCGAGUGGAAAAUACUCGAUGCUGUCACGUUCGCGGAUGUGGAAGGGUUAGAGAUGGUUGUGCGGGUAUUGAGGGAAGGUGCUGGAGUGGACAACCUAUUAACCACCCCAACAGUCACUGGUGUUGAAGCGAAGGCAAGCGGAGAGGAGGCAACGAUGGUCGAGGUCACGGUCUCGACGGAUCCAUUGACCUACACUAUCUCCACCCCAUUCGCGACGAUCGAAGUCCUCGCCAGCGCUUCGGGGAGCGUACAGCGCAUCCUUGUCGGCGGUGCUGAACAAUCAGAGGAGAUAAAGGAGCGGGUGAGAAAAGUUCUGGCGGCGACGGAAGAUUUGGGGAUCUUGGUGGAGUGGGUACGGCGGAAUAUUGGGACGGGCGUGGGCGGGGGAGAAACUGAAGGGGAUGGGGAGAGGGAGGGGAAAAGGAGGAAGAUUACGGGGUGGUGGUAG